AUCAUUGUCUCAUCUGCCCCCUGCGCAUUACGCCAACAGGACUUACAGCCAUGUUCUCUCUGAGCACCAAGACCUUCCUCCUCACACUUGUGGUACUGGCUGCCCUCUGCAGCCUGGCAACUGCCCAGUUCGGCUACGGACGUGGACGUGGCUACGGUGGCUACGGUGGCUACGGUGGCUAUGGUGGCUACGGCCGAGGCUUCGGUGGCGGAUAUGGUCGAGGCUUCGGUGGUGGAUAUGGUCGCGGCUUCGGUGGUGGAUAUGGCCGCGGAUUCUACGGCUGAGACGGAAGAGCUGCGAGAUGCUUCAAGACGUGUCAGUGCCAAACAAGUCAGAUAUGUGAUGUCUCUGUCCAGUCCCUGAAACAAAUGAAUAAACUAUUUGUAAUGAUUUUACGAAAUUGCU